AUGACCGCUGGAGAGACAUUUAAUUUUGCGAAUCUCACCGGAGACAAGCUCAUAGCUCAUCUUGGCGAUCACACAUUCACCAAACCGGAAACAACCCUUCAGGCCAUAGAAGUAGAAUUGAUUCAAGUACAUCCGGACUUCAACGACAAGGAUGAAGGCGCUAGCGUGGACGUGGCUCUGCUACAACUUUCUAAAGCCAUUACGAAAUCCAAGGAUGUGGACUACAUUUGCGUUCCAAGUGCUGAUCUGGGUUUGUCGUCUGAGAAGUCUUGCUACUAUGCUGGAUGGGGUGCAGUCCUGAGGCAGGGUACUGUGAAACAAUGGAGAAAUCCGAGACUGCUCAGAGAGGCUGAGGUUUCUGUUGCUUCCAAUGAGGAGUGUUCAAAAGCAGGACUUUCAGUCACUGGAGGAAAAACGACAUGCAUUGAAGUCGAAGCUAGGGACUGUGUUUCAGCCCUUGCCAUGGAGACGCAGGUGGAGGACUAUAUUGCCAGCCAGAGGGGGAAGGGCGUUGGUUCCUAA